AUGGAAUCACUGGUAAUAGUCUUCUUUUCUACACUGCUCUUCCAUUCUUCAGAUGCUGGAACAUUCACUUGGCUACAUUGGGACGAUACAGUAAAUGUUGUGGAAGAUGGAACGGCAAAGCUCAACUGGAGUGUUAGUAUUGGUGCUGGUAAGACAUGGUUAUCAGUCAAGAUCACAAGGGGCCUUACAACUGUUGCUGGUCCAGGAGACGUCGACAUGAUAUGAAGAAAGCCGUCUGGUGUAGAGAUACUGCUGGCCGAACGAGGUGCUGACAUGGACUUAGAUGUUCAAGCGAAUUUGAAUGUCUUGAAUGUUACUUUUACACUUCGUAAUCUAUCAAGGAAAACUGACGAGAUGUAUUACAGAAUAACUGUGUACAACGAUGACCCGAACAGUUCUAUAAGAUACACAACUGAAUGUGGAUGGUAAGUAAAGGAUGGUCUGGAGCUCUGAAGCCUUCAAGUUUACAUCUUACUAUUUAAAUGAAUACAAUACAAUACAAUACAAUUUAUUCAAGUAUUAUCAAGAUUUACAUGGUAUUACUUAUAGACUAAUUAUGUCAAUGUAAUUAUUUUACAAAGUUAUGGUAAAAUAACUGUGCGAGAACAGUAACAAUCUAGAUAUUAUAUAUAAUAUCUAACUUAAUAAUAUUUG